AUGGGAGAACCAGGACACAGGCAGCUAAAUAGCGGGCAGCCAGGCGCUCAUAAUUAUGGACACCCGCAUCUGCAGCAGGGACAGUACCAGGGAGCUGGUCAUCCCCCUCAGCCAAGGCGAUCCUCUAUCCAGAGUAUGCUAAACCCACCUUCGCCAGAACCAACAGGGUCUUACGGAUACUACUCGGCUCACCAUGGUGCUCCUCAGCACCAAAUCCAGCACCCACACCAGCAUCAGCAUCCGCACCCGCAGCAGCAACAACAACAACAACAGCCCUACAUGCACCCUAUCAAGCAGCCUCCUCCUCAACAGCCGCCCCAACCCUCGCAGCACCAUCAUCAAUUACCCCAACAUCAUCAAGAACAAUAUCAUCUAGACGAUAGGCAAUACUCCCAGUCAUACCCUUAUCAGCAGCAUCCUCCAACACAUCCACAGCAACAACAACAACAACAACAACAGCAACAACAACAGCAUUCACGACCCCAACCUCACCAGCAUCAGCAACAACCACCGCAUCAGCUACAACCACCGCAUCAGCAACAACCACCGCAUCAACAUCAACAACAGCCACACCAGCACCAACAGCCACAGCAGCAGCCGGCAUACUACCCUACUCACCCCGGGCCAUCUUCCGCACCAGUAUCGGCCGCGAAACCGACGAGCACAUAUUCGACUGGUCCAGCACCAUUACCUCCAAUCUCAUCUCAAACGCAUUACCGGUCUUACAGCCAGUACUCGCCUGGAUCAAGUCCGUCUGAAGGCGCUUUUCAGUCGCAGCAGGCGUCGUCCUUCCAAGGUCCUCCUCCAACAUCUCUCCUUGCUCACCAUCAACAGGGGCGACAUAUUCAGCAUGAAGCCGAGGCGGGUCCAGUACCAGUGGGGACACAAAUAGCUCCUCGUCGGACAAGUGGAGAGUCGGUUGAUAUGAGACUUCAGUCGCCACCAGCAGGACCUUCGCAUUUUGGUCUUAUGGGUCAAAGCCAUAUCGGAGGACGACCACCAUCACCUCGAUCAUCUCAGGACUUUGGACGGUCGCGCCAAACAUCCGUGUCCAAUCACACGUUCCAUGGAGAAUACAGGCAGCACGCCCAAGAGACGAGUGGUGGACCUUCAUAUGAGUAUCAUCAAGGAUCGUACCAGGACCCAGGAUAUGCAGCAGGAUCGCAUCCAUCGGCAAGGCAGCAAGACCCGCAGCAGCACCAAAAGCUUCAACAGCAACAACAGCAACAGCCUCAACACCCACAGCAACAGUACCCUCAACAGCAACAACAGAAGCAGCACCCACAGCAGUAUGGGUCGCAGUAUCCUCCACAUGCCGGUAGUGGUUACAUGAGGCCAUCUGUGUCAGAAAUAGAUCGGUCGCGUCCGCACAGUAUUUCGGCUCAACAACAACAGCAGCACUAUGGUUACGGCGCUCAGCCAGCCCCUCAGGGCCAACAGCCUCAACACACGCUUAUCUCGCCUCCUCCGAGAGGAUCCAUGCAGGAUAUUCAUUCUGGUGGCGCGCGGGCCAGCAACUCUGGUCAACACCAGCAGCCACUCCAAGCCCACCAUCCACAGGAACGACCACAACCGGAGAACGAUGAGGCCCUCGUAAUGAACUUUAUGUCGGAACUGCAAAUGCGGCAGCAACAACAACAACCACAACAGCAGAACCAGCAUCAGCUUCAGCACAGUCAGGCGCCAGGACAACAAGGUCAUAAACAGUCUCGCAAGGCCGCCUCGUCGCCACAGGUACCGCAGUCAGGGUCGCAGAUACCCUCCCAGCAGAUGUAUAGUCAGCAUCCUCAACAUCAACAUAUACCACAUCCUCAGGCACUUCACACGCCAGCCAUCCAGCAACAGCAACAGCCACAGCCACAGCAGCAGCCGAUGCACAUGGAUCACUCGCCCUUACCUCCACCUCAUGGUCGCUUUGUUCACAGUGACCAUCAUGGGUAUCCUCCAAAUCAUGAGCCCUUGCCACCGUCCCCUAUUUACCGCCCACAGCCAUCGUCUGUCGCCCCAACAGCAGUAGAGUUGCCUCGGUCGAUGACACCGCCUGGACUUGUCUCACCCGGUGGACACCCUCGUUCUCAGGGGCCCAUGGUCGACACGCGUCAGCGACCCGUGCCAGGCUCGGGUAUUGGACUUGGUCCUGAGAGUCACAUGGCCCCACAUGCAGGAAUGCAGCCUCUCGACCUCAUCAAGACUACCCAUGGACCUGGAACUCCAACAGGUUCUGCGCCACCUCGCUCUGCCAGUCUGAUGAAUAUUCUCAACGUCCCAGAGAGAGUAAACCACAGUCGCCAUACCCCGGUGGACGAUAGAGGCGACAUGGAGGAUGUUCAGCCUACUUCAACGCAUGUCCUGCAGGAUCGAACCCCUGUCGAUCCAAACAUACAUCAAGCGUAUCGUCACGAUGCAGGACAACGUACCGAUUAUAUGCCAGUCUUCUCUGAGACCCCACGCGAUACUCGUUAUGAGGAGAGAUUUGUAGAGCCCGAGCGGCCUGCUCAAGGCACCCCAAUGCCAAUGGAGCAGGACCUUGUUGAAGAACCCGCCGCGUCUGCCGCUGUUGUUAUACCAAAGACAGGGAAAGAAAAACCAGCUCGUCUUGUCAAAGACAAGAUCAUCAAGGAGAGGCCAGUUAAGCCGGUCAAGGAGAAGGUGGAGAAGGUGGAGAAGCCCAAGAAGGAGCGUGUUCCCAAGGGCGGGAAGAAGAAGCUGUCGACCUCGGCUGCUAUUGGUAUAGAGUCGGAUGAGCCAGGGAUGGACGCUGUUAUGGAGCAUGACCAACCACCAGCAGAGACUCGUCCUCAAGAGUCCCGCCCCCAGGAAUCCCGCCCUCCAGAGCAACGUCCGCAAGAGUUUCAUCCACAAGAGCCUCGCCACCAGGAGCCUCACCUUGCAGAGCCUCGUCCUCAAGUGCCCCGUUCUCAAGAGCCUCUUCCUCAAGUGCCCCGUUCUCAAGAGCCUCUUCCUCAAGAGCUUCGUCCUCAAGAGCUUCGUCCUCAAGAGCCUCGUCCUCAAGAGCCUCGUCCUCAAGAGCCCCGUCCUCAAGAACCCCGUCUUCAGGAGCCAAAGCUCGAGCAGUCAAGCGGGGUAUUCAAGCACACGCUGGAGUUGCCAGGAGGCGGUCGUAUUGAACUCCCAAGCAAGAAGUCACGCACAGAGAGCUUGAGCUUUUCUGCACCCACGCCAGAAGGAGACGUACAAGGAAAGGUACCCCGCGGAUCCGAAGCUCGUCGUACACAGGAUACCAACGAUAAGGCUCCUAUCAAUCGCGACUCUGUCCAGACUCAGCCCGUCGAGUUGCCUAAACCAACACCGGCCACGACAACAAAGGACUCUCCCUCAAGUUCACGGAACACCCCUGCCAAGUUCAGCAGCCCUCAGCAACCGUUCCCCGUGUCUUUGCCGCCCACAGAGUCAACCAAGGCAUCUCGAAUGGACGCCGCCUCACCCCGGGAAACACCAGCUGGCAAGGCAUCCUCGGCGCAUGUGCGCUCACGUUCAUCUUCGCCUCCUCCCGCGCCGCCUUAUUUGCGUGGUCAAACCGGCCUGGGAGUUGAGCUGCCAGAGUCACACCAGGCGAAUGGUUCUUCCGGAUCUGGCUCUGGCAAGAAGAGUCAACAGGAUGGUGACCGAGAUCGUGAUCGUGAUCGUGAUCGCGACCGACCAAAGGCGACGACGUCCAAGGAUGUGUCGAAGAGCUCCAAGGCGUCGGCAGGCGGAUCUUCCACACCCAAGGAGAAGAAACCAAGCAAGAAGGAUAUUGUUGUGGACAGAACUCAAGAUGAUGAGACUGCCAUUGUCACUCCGAAGGCCACCAAGUCCGGCGAUUCUUCCAAGAAAUCUCACGAUAUGGAUGAGGAUAUGCCCAGCCCCAAACUGCCUUCCAAGCCACAGUCGGCCAGCAAGAAGGGCGCAUCAUCUGGACAGUCUCAAGGCUCAAGCUUGAAGAAGCGGUUCAGUCGACUAACGGAGGCGGAGGAUGGACACCUCGGUUCGACUGGCUCGAAGGCACACGAGGCUCAAGAUUUGACCUCCGGUCACGACAGGACCACAUCUUCCGAAAGUUCACGAGGAAAGUCGGCAAAGUCUCACAGCAGUACCAAGGUCGAGGCCGAACAGUCGUCUACCAGAGCCCAGAAGAGCAGUUCGUCGUCGAGCAAUCAUGUCGCUGCUCAGCAAGAGGACGUUGAGAUGGAAGGGCAAUCUGACCGAGGCGAAGGACUGUAUUGCAUUUGUCGCACGGUGUAUGACCCAAGCCGGUUCAUGAUUGCCUGUGAUGGUUGUGACGGUUGGUUCCAUGGCGAUUGUGUCGGUGUUGCAGAAAAAGACAGCGACAUGGUCGACAAGUACUACUGCAAGCGGUGCGAAGAAAAAGGACGCCAUGGAUCAGUCAAGAAAAAGUGUUUCCGCGAGGGCUGUCAAAAGUCGGCGGGACGCAAGUCCAAGUACUGCUCCAAGGAGUGUGGCCUUUUGGUGGCAACACAGCGUAUCCAAGAGUCACAGGAGAAGGUUUUUGGUGAGUCGAACCAGACGGAUUUGCCUCCAGGUCAGGUCCAACAGCAGCAGCACCUCCAACGACGACGCCGGUUGACGCUUGCGGAUCUGGAUGAUCGUCAACGAUUGCUUGGGAUCCGUGAGAAGAUGGCACAUGUGCGGAAAGUGUGCGCGAUCCUGGAGGAGCGAUCGAAGCGGUUGGAUAUCUGUGUGGAUCGACAGGUGCGACAGGAUCUAGGCUCGCUCGAUCUGGCGGCAGUGGCUGCUGGUUUGAAUGGUUCUUCUUCCCCUCAUACCGGAACGAACGGAGAAAGUGGCGGCAAGUCUACAGCAGCGGGUGAUAUGGAGGACGAGGAUGAGGGUCUUCUUCGGUCGGGUUCUGGCCCUGGCCCUGGAUCCAAGAGCAAGGCCAAGGCCAAGGCUCUGAAGGAUAAAGCUGCGGCCAAGGAGAAGGACAAGGAUGCUCUGUGCGGGUUUGAUUAUAGUCUUGUCUGGGACGAUGCUCAAGACAUUGCGAGGAAGGAUCGGGCGGCGUUAAACUCUUUGGUUUCGACGCCGGUUGGAUCGAGAGCCUCAUCAAUGGCCCCGCCGUCGUUUGGCGUUGUUGUCGUUGCCCCGAAACGUCAACAGCAGCAAAAUGGAACUGGGUCCAGCAGUGACCACAAGACCAAGACUGAGGGCGGUGCUCACGAUGGUGAUGGAGGAGUCCAAACCUCGUCAGCCACUGGAGAGGCCGGUUCAAAUGCAACGAAUGCGCUUGCCACUUCACCGUAUUUGGAGGCUAUCGGUCAGCGCGUUUGCAUGUCUCGUCGUACUUGCGAUCGCCACAACGGGUGGCAAAAGCUCAAAGCCGCCGAACUGGAACUCGAACAAACACUCCAGAAUAAGCUCCUCAGAACGUUGAAGGCAGAGGCCAAGUUGGUGAAGAGCCGUAUGAAGCGUCGCCGGAACGAUCUGUCUGCUCGUAUCCUUAACGGGACUAUUGAGCAUUAA